GAAUAACUCGCUUGUAUUCUUUCCAUUUCCAUUUUCCACCAUGGUAUUAUUCUUCCGGUUAAUUGCACUGCGUUGAGCUGUUGUCGAGUUUACGAGGAUGAAGUACAAUCGACUAGUGUCUUCUUCGCGCAGGAAGAACAGAAAGAGGCACUUCACAGCACCUUCUCACAUCAGACGACGACUUAUGUCCGCGCCACUAUCUAAGGAAUUACGACAAAAGUACAAUGUACGGUCAAUGCCGAUCCGUAAAGAUGACGAAGUACAGGUAGUACGUGGUCACUACAAGGGUCAACAAGUAGGAAAAGUUGUCCAAGUAUACAGGAAAAAGUUCGUAAUAUACAUUGAGCGAAUUCAACGUGAAAAGGCAAACAGUGCUAACGUAUACGUUGGCAUUGAUCCUUCUAAGACGGUUAUUGUUAAGUUGAAAAUGGAUAAAGACCGUAAAAAAAUUAUCGACAGGCGAAGCAAAGGCAGGCUGGCUGCAUUGGGUAAAGACAAGGGCAAAUAUACAGAGGAUGUAACGGCUGCCAUGGAGACGUCAUAAUUUUGAUAUAUUUUUGUGUCACAAUAAAAAAUAUGAAAAACAUAACUUUCA